AUGGUGAUCACUUCGAGAUGGACAGCUCCUAUACCAAAAUGCUCCUUACAACAAUGGGUGUUCGAAUCCUCAUUCGGGGCUCUCUCGAACGAACCUCAAUUUAUAGAUCCUGAUCGUCCAGAAACACACUUUAUCACCAAAUCAGAUUUUCGCUUAUGGUCGAAACGCUUUGCCUUGGGAUUGGUGCGAGCAGGCUUGAAGCCCGGUGAUCGUGUUCUACUAUUCUCUGGCAACUCCCUCUUCUUCCCGGUAGUGUUCAUGGGUAUUCUGAUGGCUGGCGGAAUAUUUUCCGGCGCGAACCCUAGCUUUGUUCCUCGGGAACUAGCAUAUCAAUUGAAAGACACAGGUGCUUUGUUCAUGAUAGCAGCUGACGCUAGCAUGGAGAUCGCAGUAGAAGCUGCUGCCGAAGCUGGUUUGCCGAGGAGCCAGAUAUUUAGUUUCGACGCGACACCGCUCGAUACACAGCCGGGCAAGGCGCGACUUGGAACACGACACUGGACAUCUCUCCUCGCCCCCGAGGCCGAAGGUGCCAAGUUUGAUUGGGUUGAGCCGGCCGAUGCGACGACGGCGAUAUGUGCUCUCAACUAUAGCUCAGGCACAACUGGUGUGCCAAAGGGCGUCGAGAUUACCCAUUAUUCGUAUGUGGCAAACGGGGUGGGUGUCACUUAUGUCGACCAGGUGGACUCCGAUUAUGAAGAGAAGAGGAAGCGAGCCCGUCGUCUAGGCUUCUUGCCAAUGUACCAUGCUUAUGGUCAGACAUACCUUAUUUGCAAUUUCCCCAAGGAAGACAUUCCAGUCUAUAUCAUGCCCUCGUUCAAUUUCGAGAAGAUGCUGCAGUACAUUGAGAAAUAUCGCAUCGACCUUCUCACUGGUGUACCACCUAUCCUAGUCAUGCUCGCCAAGAGUCCACUGAGUCGCAAGUAUGACCUUAGCAGCAUCGAAGUUAUUGGUAGCGGUGCUGCACCACUUGGUGCCGAAGUUUGCGAUGAAGUGGCUAAGCUUUGGCCGCCGGGUGCGCUGAGAGUUCGCCAGGGAUGGGGCAUGACCGAGUUAACGUGUACCUGUACGGUGUGGGAUCCGUACGCAACCGGCCAGUCGUCAGCUGUUGGGGAGUUGAUGGUGAAUUGCAAGGCUCGCAUCAUGAAGACCGACGGCUCCGGCGAGAUCACCAAGGCAAACGAGAAUGGAGAGAUAUGGAUCUCGGCCCCGACCCUUCUCAAAGGUUACUGGGGCAAACCCGAAGCCACAGCCUCAACACUUCACAUAGAUCCAGACGGUACCCGUUGGCUGAAAACCGGAGAUGUUGCGUUCGUGGAUAAGUAUGAGCAAGGCGCGCUCAUCCAUAUUGUCGAUCGAAUGAAAGAGCUCAUCAAAGUGAAGGCCAAUCAAGUGGCUCCAGCUGAGCUCGAGGCCCUGCUUCUGGAUAACAGGGGUGUCAAUGACGCCGCCGUCGUAGGUGUGGUGAUCAACGGCGAAGAGGCACCGCGUGCGUACAUUGUGCCGAACCCUGAAAAAAAGCAGACGGAAAAAGAAAUCGCCAAGUGGUUGGAGUCAAGGGUCGUGUACUACAAAAGACUAACGGGCGGGGUGAAGUUCGUGGAUGCUAUUCCCAAGAAUCCGUCCGGCAAAAUUCUUCGCAACAUACUCAGACAACAGGCAGCCAAGGAAGUGGGCGACAGAAAACCAACAGCGUCGAAGUUGUCGUAA